AUGAAAAGCUUCAACCCCUUUGCACGUCGUCAAGAUGACACACCUACUCUCCCCACCCACCGGCGCCGAAGCAGCGAGGACACAAAGGUUAACGACCGUUGGCAUGGCCGCGACUACAGCAUGGCCCAUAGACCGCCCUUCAUGCUGUGGCUAAAGGUGACCUGGCUCGACAUUCUCACCAUGAUCGUCAUGGGAGUCAUCGCGCUGGUAGUCUUCAGAGCCCACCCGCCUGCCCACCGGACAUUCCCCAUCAGCUUUGAGGACGGCGAGGUUGUAUAUCCCCAGUUCGCCUAUCCUCACAUUCCGCAGUAUAUCCCCAGCCAUGCUGCGACGGCUCUCGCCAUCGGGGUGCCCAUCUUGUCCAUCCUCCUCUGCCAGAUCCGCGUGCCAUCUUUUUGGGACAUCAACAACGGUAUCAUGGGCCUGCUCUACUCCGUCCUCGGCUCGACCGUCUUCCAGGUCAUGGUCAAGUGGCUCAUUGGUGGACUGAGGCCAAACUUUCUUGACGUCUGCCAACCCGACAUCAGCAAGGCCUCCCAGCCAGGCGGCAAUGCGACUGGGCUCGAUGGCACGGGAUACGGAGGCAUCAUGUGGACGUCGGACAUUUGCACAAGAGAGAUGGACGGAACUCUCUCCAACGCUCUCGAGUCCUUCCCCUCGGGCCACACAACUGCCAUGUUCUCCGGCAUGGUCUUCCUUUAUUUGUACCUGAACGCCAAGCUCAAGGUCUUUUCGAACUACCACCCGUCCAUGUGGAAGCUCAUCCUCACCUACGCCCCCAUCCUCGGCGCUACCCUGGUAGGCGGUUCAUUGACCGUCGAUCAAUCGCACAACUGGUACGACGUUCUGGCCGGUGCCGUCAUCGGCACGGUUUUCGCCUUCUCGUCUUACAGGAUGGUCUACGCCGCGGUGUGGGACUGGCGCUUCAACCAUAUCCCCCUGCACCGCAAGAUUCCUCUCGAAUACGGCGUUAAUCACUUUGACGGGGCAGUGGCUACUCGGAAGGCCGGGUGGGGCAAGAGACGCGGGGCCAGAAGCACAGCCCCCGACAAACUGACCGGUAGGACGCGGUACAGCACCAGUAGUCGAGAUGGCCGUGGUGCCAGGGUGCCCCGUAAGCCGGUGACAUCGCAACUUGCUAGAGAUGACCGUCGUUCUUCUGUCGACGACAUGGUGUAA